AUGUACCAUCGUCCCCACCUGCAUCUUCCGGCGCGGCAUCUAAAUCUCCAGCCCCGGUAUCUGGGUCUAUCACACACGGGAAGACUCCCAGCCACCAGGUCCAGGUCCAAGCCCAAGCCCACAGGUCCGAGCAUCAUCAUGUCAAUAUCGACCUUCACUCUACCCGGGUUGAACCUGCGGGUCAACAGUACGGCCGACUUGGCCCGUGACGAAUUAUCGUCGUUCCCCGCCUUCAAGACUUGGUUGUCUACGUUGCAGAAGUCGCUUGCUAGGCAGUCAAAUCCGUCACAUGAAUUCUAUGAUGACCCGUAUGUUUUGCGACAAAUUGAUAUCCAGGCUGUGGAUCGGUUUGGGGGUGGACGGUUGGGUUUUGUUAAGUUGAAGGCCGAUGUGUCGAAUGGGCGAGGGGAGAAGUUACCCGGGAGUGUGUUUUUGCGGGGUGGAAGUGUAGGCAUGCUUCUCAUCCUUCAACCAGACGACAUUCCCUCAUCGCAAGACAAAGGAAAACAAGCCAUCCUAACCAUCCAACCUCGUAUCCCAGCCGGUUCUCUAGCAUUUGCCGAAAUCCCUGCAGGCAUGCUAGAUGACAGCGGGACUUUUGCCGGCGGUGCAGCGAAGGAAAUCGAGGAAGAGACAGGCCUGGAAGUCCAACACAGUGAACUGAUUGAUAUGACAGCUUUAGCUUCGGAACUCACCGAAGGCUCGCCGGAGAAUGGCGAAGCCCUUCAGGAAGCGAUGUAUCCUUCUGCCGGGGGCAGUGAUGAAUUCAUUCCUUUGUUUUUAUGCCAGAAGCGUAUGCCUCGGAGGGAUAUUGAGGAGUUGCAGGGUAAGCUGACUGGACUGCGAGAUCAUGGUGAGAAGAUUACGUUGAAGGUUGUUCCGUUGGAGGAUCUGUGGAAGGAGGGAUUGCGAGAUGGGAAGACGUUAGCUGCGUGGGCGCUGUAUAAGGGACUCAAGGAAGCUGGAAAGAUUUGA